AUGGGUUUUAAUGACCUUCUACAAACUGUUGGGGGAUUGGGAUGGUUUCAGGUGCUGAACACUGCCAUGCUCUUGUUGCCUAUGUUUUUUAUGGCCAGUCAUAACUUCCUUCAAAAUUUUACAGCUGCAAUACCUACCCACCGCUGUCGCCUGCCAGCCUUGGACGACACUACAAUUAUUUAUAACCAAAGUAACUUGGCAGCAUUCAUACCAGUGGAUGGAAAUCAGAACAGCAAAAGUUGCCUGCAGUACCAGAAUUCGGCGCAUGCUAUCUGGACUAAUGGUACCUCCAACAACAGCACUGAACCUUGUAAAUAUGGAUGGGUCUAUGACAAGAGUGUCUUUUCCUCCACCAUUGUCACUGAGUGGGAUUUGGUCUGUAACCAGCGCAAAAUGAGACAGGUAGCUCAGUCAAUUUACAUGGCAGGGGUUCUUGUUGGCGCUUUCGUGCUUGGGAGUUUGUCUGACAGGUUUGGUAGAAAGGCCAUUCUUAUUGGUUCGUAUCUCAUGAUGGCAGUUUCUGGAACAUGUGUUGCUUUCCUACCAAGCUUUGUGACUUAUUGUACCUUCCGGUGUCUCUGCGGGAUUGCCUUCUCUGGGAUUACUCUCAACACCAUCUCACUGACACUAGAAUGGAUGCCACCCAAUGGACGCACCGUGGUUGGCACAUUUUUUGCCUACAGUUUUACCUUAGGACAACUUCUACUAGCAGGAUUUGCAUAUGGGAUUAGAGACUGGCGAUGGCUGCAGUUCUCUGUGUCUGCACCAUACUACUUCUUCUUCCUGACCUCAUGGUGGGUGCCAGAAUCUGCCCGUUGGCUUAUAGUAAACGGUCGAUCUCAUCAAGCUCUGAGUGACCUAAGAAAAGUAGCGAGGAUAAAUGGAAAGAAAGAAGAAGGCGAAAAACUUUCAGAAAAGAUGCUCAUCUCUCACAUGCAGUCAGAGUUGAGUAGUAUUAAACAUUCCCAUACCCCAUUGGACCUGUUCCGCACUCCAGAAAUGCGCAGGAUUACAGUCUGUCUUAUGGUGGUCUGGUUCUCCACCAGUUUUGCAUUUUAUGGCCUUGGUAUGGACCUGCAGAAUUUCGGAAUCAGUAUUUUCCUGUUGCAGUUUGUCUUUGGAGCCAUAGAUAUACCGGCUAAGCUGGCUGGUGCCAUUCUAAUGAGCUAUCUUGGGCGCCGAGUGACGCAGUCUGCAUCUCUGAUCCUGGCCGGUGUGGCAUUGCUGUGUAAUGCUUUUAUACCUCAAGAGCUGAAGAUGGUGCGAAUAGUGAUGGCUGUGCUUGGGAAGGGCUGCCUGGCAUCAUCUUUUUGCUGUGCUUACCUGUAUUCUAGUGAGCUUUUUCCUACUGUUAUCAGACAGAGUGGAAUGGGAUUCGUUGUGAUGAAAGCUCGAAUGGGUUCCAUGGUUGCUCCAUUGGUACUGAUGUUGUCAGAAAUAUCUCCUGUCUUUGCCCCUGCGAUAUAUGGAGUGGCAGCAAUAAUAUCUGGGACAGCAGCAGUAUUUCUAAGGGAAACCUGCAACCAACAAUUGCCAGAUACUAUAGAAGAAGUGGAAGCCAGGGCCAAAGGUAAAGAUGUACAAAGAAUUAUCCCAAAAGAGGAAGUGCCCCUUACACAGAACCAGCCUCAAGCUCAGUCACCAAAAAGACUGUUGGUAGAUACUGUGUAACAAUCCUGUUCUGGGAAAUGAACCAAGAGAUUAAAAUGAGCCCAUUCAGAACAAAACAGAUCUCAGAUCAAUAUGAUGUUUCUGCUACCGAUAGUAAUAACUUCAUUUGAGUACAGAAUUGUCAGAUUUUUUUUUUGUGGGGCCAGAAUGCAAAAUGUCCUUUAUUUAUUUAUUUUAUUCACUGUAGCGUCACUUGGCCUAAAUGACUCCUUAACAUAUUUGUAUAGAAUGUGAAGUUUAUCUAAUCCAACAGCAAUAAUACAGUCUCUGAGAUAAAUUACCAAGAGAACAUAGACAACACAAGACACAAGUCUAUAGUGUAGAUGUUCUAAACCACAGGUUCUCAAACUCGGUCCUCAGGACCCCACACAGUGCAUGUUUUGCAGGUCUCCUCACAGAAUCGCAAGUGAAAUAAUUAGCUCCACCUGCGGACCUUUUAAAAUGUGUCAGUGAGUAAUUGAUACACCUGUGCACCUGCUGGGUUACCUGCAAAACAUGCACUGUGUGGAGUCCUGAGGACCAAGUUUGUGAACCACUGUUCUAAACCUUGGAGAGUGAUAAUUAACUAACUGUCAUGUUGCAGGCUGUUUAAAAAAAAAAAAAAAAAAAACAAUUACAGGAGCUAAUUAGUCGGUACUUUAUCUCUCUUCACUGUAUCUCUCUCCAAGGGGGGAAUUCAAUUAGAUGCGAAGGGAACAACUGCAGCCUGCUCCGCUCCUUUUACCUGGUUGGCCGAAUGCUGGAUUCGCAUACAAGUGUUCCCUGCCUAUGGGGCAGCAAUCACGUUUCAGCAAGAUUCCCAUCGCCCUAAAGUACGGCAGUGUCGGGCGGAUUCGCCUUGUGAAUCCUCCCGGCACCUAAUUGAAUCCCACCUGAGGCUCAGUACAUCUGACCCUAUAUACUGUAAUUUCUGAGGAUUAUUUACUCGUACUAAUUUGCACUUUUGCUUUUACAGCUGACUUGCCCUAGAAAGAAUACAUUGCUGAUUAAUGCGGAUUUGUACAUUUGUGCACUACUAGUAAUUCAUCAUUAAUAUGUUUAAUGUUUGUAAAGCUUAUGCAUCAUAAUGUAAUUGAAAUAUUUCUGUUAAUAGGUAGACAGUCCAAAAUAUUAAAAUUGUGUGAUGCAUUAUUUA